UUUCAGCUGCCAACUCAUUUUUGUGAACGCAACACUACAAACAGCCGAACAGCAAUAUCAUUUCCCUUAAACAGUUUGGACACGUUUUAUUCAUUUUACGAGGAGCUUGUAAGUAUUUGAUGCUGAUCGUUGAAGGAAGAAAAACACUACAGGUAUGUGGAAGACUUUGGUGGAUAUUUGCCUAACGGGUAUUAUAGCAACACUCUUAAUACUCAACAUAAAUACGAUGACAGUUCUUGGUGCUCCAGUAGAAGAUCGAGAGGAGAGGGGAGAGCAGGAGAAUGAGAAGGUUGAAUUCCAGAAGACAGAAGAAGUAGGGUCACCGACGCCGUGCUGGGAAACAGAAAAUUUUACAUACAUUGGAUCCUGUGAUCCAUGCCACCUUUUAGCAUCGAAAGUAUUUACAGAUUCCUGUUCAGAGACAGGAUUUCAACAAUUAGUUCAAUGUACAGAGUCAAAUCAACAAGUUUAUAAAAGUUGUCCCAGAUCAAGGGAAUUGAUAGAAAAAUCAUUCUGGGUAUUUGAAGGAGUGAUGUUUUUCGUUGGAUUAUUUGCCUUUCUGGUUGUAUACGUGAGACGAAGAAAGCUCAAUCGCGAAGCAGCAGAACGAGUCAGAAAACAGAUAUCAAACUCAGCUUAAAUAGAGACUACUAAUGACAGUUAUAUUUUGAUGAUGGACCAGGCCAAUGAAAGGCAUGCAAUAUUCAUCUGUGAGGUUUCAUAUGGUGUUAAAGAUGAAACUGAUGGUAUACUACAUGUAUGAGGUCAAUUGGAAGACACUACCCCUUAAAUGAAUUCACCAUCAAAUGGUCCGGAUUGGAUGUGGAUCAGAAUAAUGGAGUUUGGCAAUAAAAAUUGCGUUAAAGGGAAGUUCACCGUCAAAAAUUUUAUUGUGAAAAUAGCAGAUAAAAAUGAUAAAAAAUAUUGGUAAAGUUUUGAGGAAAUUUCAGUAAACAUUUUACAAAGUUCUAGAAGUUUAUUUCUUUGAUUUGUGUCCAUCAUGUGCAAGCAGCAUCCCCAUACAUCAUGUAUUUAAAAAAAGUCAAUGAAAUAUCGUUUAAAAAAAUUUUUUUUUUAUUGUACCUUCAAUAUAUCAAC